AUGGUCGAUGGUUCUAUGUUCGAAGAGGAGGAAAACAUUCGAUACGUCAAGUCUGUCGUGGAUAGAGCUCGCGAAAAGAACAUGACCGUUGAGGCGGAGCUAGGAAGGAUGGAGGGCGGAGAAGACGGGCUUCCGACCGUCGACCUCGAGAGCGUAUGGACGGAUCCGGGUCGCGCCGCCGAAUUUGUCAAGCAGACGGGGGUUCAUUUCCUUGCGCCCAGCUUUGGCAACGUCCACGGACCGUAUCCCCCUGGAGGCGCAGAGAAACAUUGGCAGCUUGAUAGGUUAGAAAAGAUUCAUGAAGCUCUUGGGGAGGCGACGCCGCUGGUUUUGCACGGCACGCACCCGCUGUCAGACGAAAUGGUCAAGGUGGGCAUGGCUAAGGGAAUGGUCAAGGUGAACCAGAACCGCAACGUGCGCAAUGGUUAUCACAAGUACUUGGAGGAAAACUGUUCCAUGGUGGAACUCACAACACUGCAAGUUCAGGGAGUUGAGGAGUAUGCAAAGGGUGUCGAACGCUUGAUGGUCGAGGUGCUCGGGUCGUCUGGUAGGGCGUAG